AUGGUCAAGCGCCUGCGCAUACACCACCGUUUGAACGUCACCGUCGUGGCGCAGGACACCCGUGGCUGCGGAGUCCACGGGACUUGCGACGAGUGGCGGUCGCGUUGCGACUGCCCAAUCGGCUUCACUGGCGAGGCCUGCCAGAUAGCGACGCUUCCUGCGUGCCAGCUGGGCAAUCACCUCCUGCCCAUUCGAUCUUGGAUCCUGCUGGCGCUCUUUCGGCUACACCGCGGGGGGAAGGCGAAAGAGGUGUCAGACCGAGGCAUCGGGCCGGACCUCGCCAGCUUUGAGCCGCACUGCGUGCACCUUCCGCCCAGCCUGAGUCUGAAGAACUUUCUCACCGUCCCCGCAGUGUUCACCAACCUCGCCUGCGCCUGA